AUGAAGAGUCUGGUAAUUGUGUUCUUGGCGACUGCCGCUUGCGCUGCUGUAAUUGAGAAGCGAGAGGCGGAACCUGGUUAUGGAAGUUCUAGCCAUGUGACUCACUAUCAGCGUCCUUCUUAUGGCUAUGGCUACUCCCACCACCAUCAUAAGCGAUCUGCUGACCCUGAACCUGAAGCUGAACCUUCCUAUGGCUACGGUAAAUCCUAUGGGCACAGCAGCUACCAUCCAAGAUCUGCUGAUCCUGAACCUGAAGCCGAACCUUCCUAUGGCUACAGUAAAUCUUAUGGGCACAGCAGCUAUCACCCAGUGAGCUAUGGCUAUUCUCAUCACUAUCACAAGAGAUCUGCUGAUCCUGAACCUGAUGCUGAACCUUCCUACGGCUACAGUAAAUCCUAUGGGCACAGCAGCUAUCACCCAGUGAGCUAUGGCUAUUCUCAUCACUAUCACAAGAGAUCUGCUGAUCCUGAAUCUUCUUAUGGUCACAGCCAUGGAUAUCAUUCUACAGUCUACCAUAAGCCAUCAUAUGGUUACAGAUAUGGGGGAUAUCACUGA